AUGGUUAUUUAUACAGUUCAAUGAUAACAACACGCACCUCCACCACAACGGAAAUAUCGAAUGCGCCGAGGAUCCGAUCGCACCAUGCGGGUCAGCUGGUAUUUGCUUACGUUUUUUGUGAUAAGCUGGGGGAAAAAAAAUUUCUUUCAUUGUGUCCGGGUCUUUCGAUUGUCGUUGGUCCGUUAACGUCAACCGUGGCCGCUACCGUCGACGUAGUGUCCACGUAGGACGUGUCUAAAGUCUCGGCAGCUCUCCAUGCAAAUCGGCUCCCGGACAUUUUCCGUUACCGCCGCACAAAUGUUCCUCGCUUCGUUUGCUGCCUGACUUGCCCCGAGAACAUUUCCUGCUCCUGCUCUCGCUAACAACAGACGUGGCUGUUCGUUAACUACUUGAAACAGCCUCUGAGCCGCACACGUCUGCGAUCCACCGUUUGUUGCGGUUGAGGAAAACGAUAUGAAGAUGAGCGACUCCAUGCAAAAGUUGAACGAUACAAUUGAACAUUACAAGAGACAAAUCAGCAGGGCUACCGAAUCCAACGACAAUGAUAAGAUUAUGAGGUAUAUUUUAAAACUUUCUCGACUUCAUAUCACUGUUCAAAACUUACAAAAGACUGGAAUUGGCCGUGUAGUUAAUAGUUUAAGAAAAUAUGAUGGCGAUAUUGGAGAAUCAGCAAAAUCAUUGGUUAUUCAAUGGAAAAAUGUUGUAAAAAUUGAAGAGUCUGAAAAUUUUUAUCAAAGAGAUGAAAAUUCUGAUGAAGAAAAUCAGGAACUAUCAUCUACAAAUGAUAAUGAAGAAUUACAAAUUAACCAAAGUAUUACAUCGAGUGUUGCAUCUACUAGUUAUUAUGGUAAUGCACCAGAAAUAAGUGACGGAAAUAAUGGUAAUUCGGAUGAUCAUGUAUCAUCUCAUCACCGACAUCAUGAUAAAUCAAAGUACAAAAAAAGUAAAAAAGAUAAAGAAUCUAAAAAAAGAAAAGAAUCUAUUUCUAAUACGACAGAUGAUCAAGAGGAAGGACACACUUCUAAAAAAUUAAAAAAAGAUCAUAAAUAUGAAAGUGUCAAAAAUAAAAAAGAAUCGGAGAAAAAUGAAAUUACAACAACUUCUCGUCGAGAUAAUACGAACCAUUCUGAAGAAAAUAUAAAAAAAGAUAAAAAAAGUUCACAUUCAGAUAAAAAGAGAGAUAAGCAUAGAACUUCACAUAAAUCUGAAUCCAAAUCUCACAAACACAAAAAAGAUUAUAAAUCAAGUCACAAAGAUAAAAGCAAUUUAAAAAAAAGAUCCAAAGAUAAAACUUCUGAUAAACCCAAAGAAGAAUAUAAGCCUUCAACUAGUUCUACACAAAGUACUAAUAACAAAACAUUUGAAGAAGCAUUACUAGGUAUAGAAAUAGGUAAAAAGAAACAAACGAAAUCCAAGUUUAGAGACAGAUUAAGUCAAUCAAGUUCUCCUGAACAGGAAUUGAAUCAUGUUCCUGAUAGCCCUGAAUUGGCACCAUUAAAUUUAGAUCCUGAAGAAUUAAUUGCCAACUAUAAACCAUUACCUCAAUUAGAUGUAAAGAAAAAGAAAACAAUAGAAGAUAUUGAUCCGUUAGCUAAAAUAAUGAAAACAAAAAAUAUGAGGACAAAAGUAUAUUCUGGAAAUAAGAGCACAAUUUAUACAGAAGUUCCUACACUACAUGAUCUUUGUGUCAAAUCAAUUAAAAACAAUUUGGAUUCUUUGUCAUAUACUGGUGGAGUUCCAUUUGAAAUACUUGAGCCAAUAUUAAAAUACGCUUCUCCUGAUCAGUUAUAUAAUUUAGAACAUUACAAUGACUAUUUAAUUGAAGAUACUGGAAAAUUAUGGGAAUAUCAUUGCCAAAAAGAAUUUCGUGGAAAAGUUCCAGAAAAAAAUGAAAUGUGGAGAGAUUUUUACAUACGAUGUCUAGAAGAACGUGAAACAAAAUUGGCUAAAUUACGAAAGAAAGUAAAUGCAAAUCAGGCUGCUUCCAUUCCUGUUAGAAAAACAAUAUUAGCGUAUGUUAAUACUGCAGCUAAACCACCUCGAGUAGUCGCUAAAAAACAGGCAAAGUUCCAAACGGCUUCAGAUACUAAGCGUGAUAUCUUAAACAAAUCAAUGAUGGGAGAAAAUUCUAGUGCAGAAGCCCUAACCUCUAUUAAUAGAUCUACUACUAUGGCUACUGGUGUACCCAUUGCUUUAACUUCUUCUCAUAGAUCAUCUGCUCCAAUUAAAAAGAAAAAAGCUCCUUUGAUGCAAAAAGCUAUACAACUUGUUAAAUCUACACGCAGACGUUAAAUUAUGUCUUAUAUAUAUAUAUAUAUAUAUAUAU